AUCUCACGAUAGACUUCGAAAACCUUCUCAUUCACCUCCCCUCGAGGCCCCCUACCGCACCUCCCUAUACGAAACUGUAUAAUCUACACUUGGCUUUGAACUCGAAUACACUGACCAAAGCUCUCAACAAAAUGGCUCCGAUUCCCAGGACUAUUCUCGUCAUCGGUUCAUUAAACAUCGAUCUGACUACCAGAACUCGUCGCCUUCCUAACCCCGGCGAAACUAUAGCUGCCCAAACUUUCUCAACUGCACCAGGUGGGAAAGGGGCAAACCAAGCUGUCGCAUGUUGUCGCCUGGCUCGAGCAUCCUCCGAUGCACCACUAGACAACAUUUUGGUCAAGAUGGUCGGUGCUGUCGGAGAUGAUGAGUUCGGGGGCCGUCUCAAGGACGCCUUAAGGCAGAAUCGGAUCGACGUUGAAGGAGUAGUUGUCAAGGGAGGAGUUUCUAGUGGCGUCGCCGUGAUCAUAGUUGAUGAAGAUACUGCCGAGAACCGCAUCCUUUACACGGCUGGCGCGAACGAAGCUCUCACUGCCCAAGAUUUUCCGGAAAACUUCUUCUCGAGCUUUACCCCUCUCCCUUCUUUUCUUGUCCUGCAGCUCGAGACCCCGCUCCAAACAGUCCUACACCUCCUAACCCUCGCCUCAAACGCUGGUGUCGAAACUGUUUUAAAUCCCGCUCCGGCCAGGCACAUCCCCCUCCAGUUCUAUUCCAAAAUCGAUCAUCUAAUCCUCAAUGAAUCUGAAGCCGCGUACCUCACUGGGGAGGAAGUUACCUUCCUGGACGACGAUGACGGGGUCAAGUUAACGAUCGACCGCUUCCUUGAGCGUGGCGUUAAGCGGAGCGUGGUUAUCACCAUGGGCGCCCGCGGGUGCUAUUUCAAGAGCCCGGAUCGCCAGGAAGGUUGGAUUAGGCCCGAGGUUCGGGCACAGGACGUGGUGGACACCACCGGUGCUGGGGAUGCGUUUGUCGGCGCAUUUGCGGUUGCCCGUGUUGAAGGGAAUGACGUUGGACAAUCCCUGAAUUUCGCGACGAGGGCGGCGUCGAUCAAAGUCCAGAAUAUGGGGGCUCAGGCGGGCAUCCCGUGGAGGGGCGAGGUGCAAUAGAAACGCAAAUGAGAAUGGGA